AUGAGAGCAAAACCAAAAAGCUUCGUCUCGGGACGCCUGUGUCCCUUCCCUGCUCAGGCCCCUCCACGGCCCCUGGGCUGUGAGCUGCGGGAGGAAGGUGGACGGGGAGGGGACCGAGCGUCCCUCCCGCGCCCGCAGCCCCGUCCGUCUCGGGCGCUGAGCGCUGGGCGCCGGGGUGGACGCGCCUCCCCGCCGGCCGCCCGCUACAAUCCGCGCCGCCGCCUCCCUCCUCCCCGGCCUGCGGGUCCGAUCUUUAAAUGCCCCACUUCAAACUGGACGGCGGCGCCCCGGCAGCUGAGAGCCUGGGCUGCCCGCUCUUCACCGCGGCCCGCGCUCAGCGGCCCUCCGGCCCCCGAGCGGGCAAGAAGUGUGGCGCCUCCCCGGCGACCCUUUCCCUCCUUGCCUGUCGGCGCCGUCGCUGUCCAGAGACACGCGUGUGCGCGGGUCCCACUCCACACGCACGCAGCCCAGGGCGCGCGCGGAGCCCCGGCGGGCAGCGUGAUCGCUGAAACAGCUCGCGCCCGAAGAAGGAGCGACCCAGCGCGCAGGCCACCGAGACGUGGAAACACAAUUACCGUCAAGACAAAUCCACACCCGCUGUCCCCUCCCGCCCGACUCGGGGAGGCCGCGGGACGCCGCAGCAGCUCUAGCAGGAGGAGGAGACCGCUCGCUGGACACCCCACCCCUGUGGCACACACAGGACCCAGGCUCGGGGCGGGGCGGGGGCGGGGCCGCGCGCCGCUGGGCCAAUGCCGCGCACCCGCGCGCUGCCCGACAGCGCGUGCAGCCAAUGGGCGGGAGGCGCCCGUCCUCCUCGCGCUGCCGCCCCGUCCACGUCCUCCACAGUACACAAUGGCCCCGGAGGAAGGCCGGUGCGCAGCAAGUCGGAAAGGAAUUGGACUCGGAGAGAAGUGAGGGGCCUGGACUCGCCUGGGAACGAAAGUGGAAACGGGAAAGAAAAUGGAAGAAGGGAUGCAAGGCACGAGGGAGCUAACCAAUGAGGGGUGGCAGUUUUAGAGGGAUUGCAGACCAAACAUCAGGCUGACGACAAAGCAAAUAGUUGACAACGCUGGCCAAAUAGUUUCUGCUAAUCAUGCCAGAGCAAUAAAAGUACCAGGUAAUGGGAAUUGCCGCUAAAUACCUUGCAUCUUUUUACUUAGUAUGAGCUUCUGCCUAAAUGAUUGAGGAGGAAACAGCUUCUGUGUUUUGUCGAGUCACCUUUAUAUAGAUUUCUAUCCAUUUAAAAACAACCUUACUGUACCUGCCAUUCUCUGCCAGCAUUGUUAAUCUCUUUCCGUGGCUCCAUUCUUUGUGAUCUUAAAAAGGCCCACAUCUGGCUAAUCUUUAAAGGAAAAAGCUACUGUGCUGGGACUCGUCUUUCAACAAGAUCGUAUAUUAAACAAAUGCCUUCCAUUUCUUUCAGUUUACUUCAAAUCCCACAACUCAUGCUACCAAGAAUCACUCGGAACUUCAUAUUUUGUAACUUUCUUUCCACUACAGUUGACAGCUUUUAUUACACUUUACAGCUUGGGCAUCUCAGAUGUUCUGAGAUUUUGCAUUUUUUCUAGCAAAUAAGCAUUUUAAUACUGUAAUUAUUACUAUGAAGGAUCCUGAGUUGUCCUUUACAGCCUUGAAUUUACAUGGUUAAGAUUUUAAUUUGACGAAAACAGAAAAAAAAAACUGUGCUCUUUCGAACCAGUCAGCUGUUAAAGUGUGAUUCAGGAAGUAAUUUUGUUUCCUUGUCAUUAUUUCUGUAUCAGUAAUUAAAGAGUAGUUCUUUGUUUUCA